AUGUCCUCUACAAGUGUUCAUGGCCUCCUACUCCUGCUUCUUGCCUCUCUUAAUAUCGCUCGAGGUCAGAACGCCAAUCUCUAUACCUCGUCAGACACUUACGGUCCUGUCGGUCAGCAACGGUGUUUUCGGCCGACACGGAUAGAAAUACCGGAGUGCAAAAACCUCUUCUAUAACUUUACCGCCUUUCCCAAUCUAGUGGGUCAGGAAACUCAACUAGAUGCACGUCAUCAGUUGCAAACUUUUAAGCCUCUAAUCACCUAUAAGUGUUCAAAUCACUUAGCUUUCUUUCUCUGUUCUGUCUAUGCUCCGAUGUGUGAUGUGAAUACUAACCACCUGAUCGGACCCUGUCGGCCACUUUGUGAAAGAGUUCGAAAACGGUGUUCCCCAGUAUUGAAGAUCUUCAACUUCGAUUGGCCAGCAAAUUUGAAUUGUUCUCGGUUUCCAGAAAAGAAUACUGUUGGUGGGGUGAUGUGUAUGAAGGGUCCAGAUAUUCCAGAGGACUUUGAAGAACCAUCUUCCAGUGGAACUGAGGAGUCGAAUGUUGGAAAAGACGGAACAAAUGAGGAGACUCCAAUCUCCCUUCUUAUUUCCUCUCUUCGAUACUGCUCGCACCUGUCAAAACCUACCUCCUACAUAUUUAUUAAUCGGACUGGAAGAUGCGCUCCACACUGCACUGCGGAUAUACUCUUCUCUCCCAGUGCAAAAACUUUAUCCACAGUGUGGACCAGUGUGAUUUCUGGCCUCUGUCUACUUGCGACCACUGGGACCCUCCUGAGUUUUGCUAUUCAACCUUCCCUAUUCCAUACUUUGGAGCGUCCAAUCAUCUACAUCGCAGGAUGCCAAUUAGCCUACGCUCUGGGCUUUGCACUGAGACUCAAAUUGGGACGCAAAGCUGUGACAUGUGGCAAAGAUCCGGCUUCAGGAUUUGCAAUCCGUCUACAAGAGGGUCUAGACAACUCAAAUUGUGCUCUAGUCUUCCUCAUCCAGUACUACUUCUUCACCGCUGGAACGCUUUGGUGGACCAUGAUGGUGAUUGGCUGGGCAUCAAGGUCAACUCAUCAUCUGCGAUUGGCUCGCGGAAGGAGGGAUGAGGGAACCCUGUUAAAAUACGGCUGCUGCGGUUGGCAUCGCGAAGGGGUCAUCAGACAUGGGGCUGCCAUAGGAGAGGGUGACAACUUCCCAGAUAAACAACAAAGGAUAGGACCAUCUCUACGUUUUGCCCAGCUGAAUAGACGGGGGGUGAACAGCUCAAGUGCCGAAAAUAAUUGUCUGGCCAAAGAACACGUCGUCGCGUGGUUGACACCCGGUCUUUUGACGGUAGGCGUUCUCGUCAGUCGACAGGUCGAUGCUGACGAAUUGUUGGGCAUCUGCAGCGUGGGACGACAGAACACAAGGGCCAUGCUGAUAUUCGUUCUAAUUCCACAACUUCUCUUCCUCAUUGUUGGUCUCCUUGCGUUUGCCUGGUGCAUCAUACAACUCUUCAAGAUCAGACGCUCCUUCAAGCAACGUCAUCUACGAUGGGACAGUCUCAGCACUAGAUUGGGCUUCUUCAGCCUACUCUACAUCAUUCCAGCCGUCACUGUUCUCGCUUGCGAUUUCUACGAGUACCUCAAUCGGGACAAAUGGCUUGCUGGAGAUCCCAUGAGUGCGAUCUCUCGAAUCAUUAAGGCUGCAAGCUCAGCAUCAUUCGAUUUGGAAGAGGCCCAGGAGAUCACGCCUGAACUAUUCCUCCUCCGGACCUUUAUGUCUCUGGUCACUGGAUUUGCCACCUGUUUGUGGAUACUUUCUGUGAAGGGAAUUGAACCGUGGCGUUAUCUGGGUCGUCAAUUAGGAAAUCGAUGUGCUGGAAGAUGCUGCUUUGGUGGAGCUCUAGUGAAAACCCCGAAACUACAGCAGCAACAGCAACAACAGUCGAGUGUAUCUCCACAACAAAGCCAUCCAGUAUCAAGUAAGAAUACUCCAAGCAACACCUCGACAGUCCUUCAUCCCUACGCCGUGUAUCAACACUGCUGUUCCACGACAAAGUCGUCUGGUGAUGCCUUGGAACGCUGUCCCUAUACUGUUCGACCUCCAGCUGGACCCGGAGUCGACGCAACUGACCAGUUCUUUGUUCAACAAUCAGCUGGUCUGGCUCUGGCAUCACCCAAUCAAGCGUCGGGAUAUUACAGCUCGGCUACAACUACCAAUAAUAGCGUUGGAUCCGGAUCUGGUGUGGGUCCUCGACCACCUCCCAACACACCUCCAGGCACCGUAAAUGGUGACUCCAACCCGGGAUCAUCAGCUCAUGGAGUGGGGUGGUGGGAGAUGAACACCAACCACCUUCAUCAUCACCACCACAAACAGCAGAAGUCACAACCGGGUGGAUCGAGUCGACAUGCAGUCUUGUAG